AUGAAUUAUCGGAUUAAAUCUCCAACACAAAUUGCACCGUCUUUAAUUUCUGAGGUCUUGAUAUCGCACCAUUGCACUGCGCCGAAAAUUCCACCGGCACAUCGUGUUAUUGCAUAUAAAAGUCGGUUUAUAUAUGCAUUCGUCGUUUUGAGACACGCUAAGCCAGUUUCAAAUGAUUUUAUCUGUAUCAAUUACAUUGCGUGCUUACCAAUAUUGUGAGCUACCCUAGUGGUGCUCAGUUGUGCUCAAGUAAGAACAAUUAAGAUCGAUAAAAUCAAGAACAAGAAUGUGAUCAACGUGAACGUGAACGUGAACGCUCAGGAAUUGGCUCAAAAAUUGUGGAAGAUAAUAGAAUCUCGUUUAAACCGCAUUAAUCAUAUCAUCAGUUCAAAGAACAUUAAGAAUCUCAAAGAGGCUGAAAUACCUUUAGUGACACAUAACAGAAGAAGCGGAGUAUCCUCGCCCGUCUUCCAAGUAGCAACUCAACUUGAUAAGAUCACCCGAAGGGUGAUCAUUAGAGACUUCCCGAGCAUAAAUACGUUAGACGAAGAGAUCAUAGCGAGAGAUAUCGUAGCAGAUGUGAUGGCCUCUCUAAAGUUCCUAUCGAAACAGACUCAUUUGAAGAUCAAUCAGAAUAAUCACAACAGAAGGAUGAUGCAAUAUUCUGAUACAACAACAAUGUCGGACGAUGAUGAGCAGAAUUACGUAAAUAAUUAUAUCCAAUAUCUCUUAACGCCGAAAAAAGUGAAGCAACAAAAGAAAAUUAAAGAUGACACGAUGAGAUCACUGAAUAACAAUGAAAACGUAAAUAUUAAUGAAAAUUUCAAUACAAAUCUUGAUGCCAAACAGCAUCAAAGACGUUUUUUCAGUAAUGAUGAUUCACAUUUACGUAAAAUGCGCAAUCAAAAUACGAAUAGUAACGUCAAUUUUAAUAGCAACAUAAAUACAAAUAGAAACGAAGCAUUCGAUUUUAGCGACAAAGAAAUUUAA